GUGGGACCGUCGCCGUGGCAACGAGGCUGUGUUUGGCGGCGGCGCGGGCGGCCUGAGGCGGCAGGUGCCUUGAGAAGCAAUGGCCACAGCGGCUCUUCUGAACUUAGCACCAUCUCACCGCAACAUCCCUUCAAGAACAGCAGCCGCUUUCCUGUGGACAAACGCCAUCGACAUGCACGUCGCCAGGCCAAAAUCUGCCAAGGGACGCACAAGGCCAAGCUUCAAUUACUCUCAGAGCAUGGAAGCCUGUCCUUGCCGAGUGCCACCUUCCCUGCCACCAGCUGCUCCCCAGGAAUUAGUGAACAGCCGGAGAGCAUCAUCCACAAAACCCGCAUUCCCGUCCGGCCAGGUGUCUCCUCAGGAAAUCCCAGAGCUCCUGCAGCAAGUGCCUUUGAGGACCUCCUCUUCCCUCAACAAGUACAGGGUGCUCCCCUCCAUCGGCCGGAAAGGCGUAGGCAGCAGCGCAGUGGAAGCGGUGGCUGAACAGACCAACCGACUGAGAGUGAGUGCGGGGCAGGAGGAUGCUCCGAAAAUCAAAACUCCUUCUGGAGAGCAAGGAUCUGCCGGCGUAUUGUCAGAAAACCACGUCCCUGAUGAAGAAGGCUCCAGUGCGCAGUGUCCCCCUGAGAAGCCAGGAAGGAAAAUGAGACAAGAGAGCAUUUCGAUGUCAACUUUAAGUUUGGAACAGCUGCCGAAAGAAGAGUCUCACUUGCUGCUUGCUAUUCGAUCUCCCUCUGGUCAGAGAUUUGAACAUCAUUUCAAGCCCACCGACAGUCUCCUGACAGUCCUUGCCGUGGCAGAACAGAAAAUGUCAGCCAAAUACAAACACUGCAGUGUUGAAACCAUGGAGGUGCCCCGAAGGAGUUUCUCUGACCUUACGAGGUCCCUCCACGAAUGUGGGAUUCUCCACAAGUCCGUGCUGUGCAUCCGACAGAAAGAGCAGCACGACGCGGAUCUUUAGGCGCACAGAGAUGCCACUCUGGGUCGUUCUGCUGAGUGGAAUGCAUGACUUCUUCCGAAAAACUGAGUCUGAUGUUUCCUGGGCCUACUUCUUCAUCUUUCCAGCUUCCAAAAAUUCCCCUUGAAGCAGACUUGCGUAAAAGUAUUGAAAUAGUAUUGCAAGUGAAUAUACCUGCUACAUAAAUGGCAUCUUUUCUCACGUGUGCCAUCACAAAUUCCUUCCUGAGCACCACCAACCUUUGGCCUUUUUGGUUUGUGGAAAUUGUGAAUGUUCUUCUUUGAAGAUUGAAGUUUCUGAGAUCUCUCCUCUUGUCCUUUUCCGUAUUUCAGGAAGGUGCCGGUUCCCAGAGCGAAUCCGGAUGCAGAGGCACAUGUUUGGGAAGGUAGAGACACAAAUGUUUUGCUCUGGAGGACCAUCUUCAGUAGGUUAUCACCAUGCUAAACAUCUUGAGAGUGACUGAAAAGGAGAUCAAACCCAAAAACCAUCUGGAAAUGACAGUAAUAAUACAUUAAUGGAUUAUUGUGAAGUAUUAAAAAGCAAGACCAAUGAUAAUACACCUGUGAGGGCUCAGCUCUUUCUGGAUAACCUCAGUGCAGCUUUUAAGAGUGUGACUACAUCAUCUUUUUAAGAACAAAUAGUCAUUAUUUUGGCUAUAUUGGUGAGCAGCAGGAUUUUCUACUUAGUUUGGUGAGCAGCAGGAUUUUCUACUUAGUUUGCCUUCUCUCAUUCAACUCCUGUGAUCCAUAGGUAAGAAUAAAUGGAUAGUUAAGACGGGACGUUACAAAAUACUUCCAUUUAACACCUUUACACUGAAAUGAGUUAAUCCAAGAAAGCAAGUGCUGCUUUCAGAAUUUUAAAAUAAAAGUACGUUAAUUGGAUUUGACCGAGGAAUUGGCUUGCGCAGUGGACCAUAUAUUACUAAACCGUGAUUAAAAAAGAAGGAAAACUUGGCGGGUUUUAGAUAAAUAUGAUGUGCUUGUGCUAAAAAAAAUCUUCUAGGCUUCUAAUGGAAAUUCUUAUGGUUCAAAGGCAAUAAUUCAAUCUACUAAAAAAAUGGACUGUUUGCCACGCAGCUGAGGUCAUUGUAGUAUUUUGAGGUAAAGUGAAUGUUUUUUAACCCGAGUGUAACUGCCAAAACGACUCAGAACAGUCGUAGAAACAGGAAAGCUGAUGCUGGUGUUGACCAAGAGCGUAGCAUCUCCUUCUACAGCAAGUGUUCAGUGGCUUUAUAAAAAUGGUACCUGAUGAAAUAGUGUUACCGACUACUGCAGGUGACGGUGAUUGCACGGAAGCAAUCCCGGUGUCUGCAGGGAGACCAAGAUACGGAAACACACGGAUGCUCUUAAUCAAACCUCGGUGGGGAGCAAAGUAUUUCACUUAGUUGCCGGAGCAGGAACCAUUUUCUGUGUUUCAUUGAGCAUUAGGUGGUUAAUUCCCGUCUUCUGAUUUUGUGUAUACUUUGUUACUUUGAAGUUUCAGAGUGUUUUCAUACUGUGUGGUGGUACAAUCAAUAAAAUCUUUUAGGCUGAAACUUGAGCUUAAAAUGAUUUAGGUGAACUGGAGGUUUAACCAUUGCAUCUCCUCUUAACCAAGAAAUGCCAUUAAUAUGAUGGCAAACACCCUGGGGACUGUCCAAAUCAGACUUUGGAUGCUCAGCUGCUGUCCACACUGUUUUGCAUGUGCCUUCCUGGAGUUUGUAUCUCUGUCCUGUAUUAAAUACAAAAUUGCAGCAAAGAAGGAAACGCUUUGGAUCAG